UGUAACAGAGUGUGCAUACCGAUCGAAGAAGUUCCUGUUGAAGAAAGUUACGCUCGCGUAUCGUCAAGUUAUCGUCGCAAUUACGCAGUGCAUACUUCUUCCCUUCUACUUCUUUAUAUUUUCUUCUUCGUUUCGCCUUUGUUUUUGCCACGCUGAACCUCAAAGGAGAAACAACACCAUCUCUCGCCUAUUGUCUCGAUCGGAAAUUCACUGUUCUGACGAGCACAUCGAGACCAAAGAUCUCUGGAAUUACAGAGUAGAGAAUCGCCGGAGAGAGAAUAGCAAAUGGAUAUAAAAACCGUUUGGUGGACGUGUCGAGAGGACGUGUAAGAGUACGUAUAUGUGGAUUCGGAACGGGUGAGAAGUGCGUGUGUUGUACCGUGGAGAGCAGCAGCGUGCGUAUCGGGAGAUUGUGACAGGGAACAUGGGAGUUCUGUUGGUCCCGGAUGGCACAGCGGCGGUUCAACCUCGUAUGAAUUUGAACGUGGUCAAAGGUGCGGGAGCGGAGCGCGCGAUCGACGUCGGUAACGAGACGAACAACAAUGUAGACGGGCUCAGGGACGCGAAUAGCCUGAUGCCGACGCAGGUCGUCGGUAUAAUCGACGUGGUCGUCAACGACGAGCCGGUGCGCAGCUGGAUGCCGCCCCCGCCAAAGAAAAAAUGGAUACGACAUUAUCUGCUCGAGGAGGAACCGCUGGAAAACAACAGGACGAACGGGAAUCACUCGGCAGGUUCCCGGGGGAGUCCCGUGAUCUCAAGCACGCGAGUAACGCCACCCUCGGCUGGCGCGAACUCGGCCCAUCUGACCGCACUUCACUCCACGUCACACCAUCAUCUCCCUCAUCAUCAACAGCCACAGCAGCAGCAACAGCAGCAGCAGCAACAACAACAACAGCAACAACAAGCGCAGCAGCAGCUUCAGCAACCGCAACAACAACAGCAACAGCAGCAGCAACAACAACCGCAGCAGCAGCAGCAACAACAGCAGCACCACCAUCACCACCAUCAUCACAACAAUCACAACAGCACGCAUAAUCCUUACGUGGAGAAUCACAAUUCGAAUCACUCACAGCAGAAUGCCGGCAAUCUCGUUGUCGACGUCGAAUCAAGCCACGACAAUAAGAAACAUCGGAACGGACCGUGUGUAAUCCGAUCCGGCACCAGAGAAGUGCACAACAAAUUGGAGAAGAAUCGAAGGGCGCACCUGAAACAAUGUUUUGAACUGUUGAAGAGGCAGCUACCAUCCCAGGAGGAGAAAAAGUCAUCGAAUCUUUCGAUUCUCCACGCUGCUAUCAGGCACAUACAGUCGUUGAGAAGGAAGGAACGAGAGUACGAGCAUGAAAUGGAAAGGCUUGCCAGGGAAAAAAUCGCUGCUCAACAAAAAUUAUUAGCUCUGAAGAAGGAACUCGCGGCUACAUGGGAUCACAUUGAUUUUAAUACUCUUUUACCGGAACAAAAUUCAGCUGCCGACGUGGCGGCUACAAGAAGUGUUUCAGAAAACAUGGAGGUCGACGUAACUGGGCUCGCUAGGGGUGGCACGAGGUACAGCAGCACCAGCAGCCUGAGCAGCGCAGCCACGGCCAGUUCACCGCAAACGCUUCAAACGACCAGCACGACUUCCAAUAUUCAUAAUCAAGUCGCCACCGCGGCUGUUGUAUGUCAGACACAGGGAAUGAACCUUGCGCCAAGUUCCAGGGAAAGUCCACCUGCGAGUUCGAGUCCUGGAACGCCCGCACCUAGUAUUCCUACUCCAGCACAGGAGAAAGUUAACACAUCGCCAACGGGUAUAGUACAACAGUCGCACCAGCUGCACCUGCCGAUCAGUGCUCAAAUGUUGAACACGAGUCAAGGCUUGGCGACGAUCGUGCCGACGCUGCAGCACAUCGGGCCGAGUCUCAGGGUGAUACCUGGUGACACGAGGCAGCUUCUGGUCACUCACACCGCCGGCAACAACGAGUCCAGACCGCUUACGUUGGCCGUGCAAAACUCUUCGGAUCAAUCGAGGCCGCUGAUCGCCGUGCAAUCGAACACUGGAAGUGAGCCAAGGCCCGUAGCGCUGGUCGUUCACUCGUCCACGGCCAACGACAACAGAGUAACGUUCGUGCAUUCUAAUCUGUCCAACAACGACAGGCCGUUGGCCCUAGCCGUGCAGUCGUCCGCCAAUGACGUCAGGCCAGUUACAUUCGUGCACUCGGCAAACGAGGGAAGGCCGUUAGUUCUCGCCGCGCAUUCUCCUGCACUGAAUGUGUCGAACGCUCAAACAAGGAUAAGAGCGGGAGAUGCGCAAACCACACAUAAAAUGGUCGGCGGUGUGACGCUGGUAGGCGGAAAUGGAUCGGAGCUGACUAGACUUCCCGGUGGCGCUGAAUUGAACAUACUCCCAGCAAAUGGAUUAACGCUGAGCCACGCAGGAGUGUCGCUUCAAACUACAACAGGUAAACCAGGCUCGACAGUGAUGCAGAACGCUCCGUCCACAGAGGGUAUAGCUCACAUCGUUGGUCCACACACGCCCCUGUCCGGACUGACGCCGAUGACCGUCGUCUCGCAAGGGAAUCAAGUGACUGCUCAUAUCCUGGCUCCGUCGAGCCUCGCGGGGAAAAUGAUCACCACGCCGAUCCUCAAGUCCGUGGCACAGAUGCCGAUCGUGAACGCUCAGUAUAUAAAUACAACCACCCUGGUGAAGCCUGUCGUGGUCGUCAGCUCACCGGCAACAUCGACGCCGCAAUCGACGACGGCUUCCAGUACACAACCUUCCUCGACCACGCACUCGACCGUCUGACAGAAUCAAAAGAAAGUGAAACUAGUUUGAGAAAUGGCUACCGCCAGGUGUAUCAAAGCAUGGAGUUACAGAGAUUACGACAGAUCGGUGUACAAACGACACGAGUCCACGUUUCACUGCUACUCAACAAUACACGCAUGUACAGGAUCUCGUGCACUGAUUCGAUAGGAGAUAUAGUAGUGGUCACGUUAAGAUGGCAGACCUGAACAGGGAGAGGAUGAUUUUAGAUGAGAGAACUCUGUCCGUCAUGCUAUUCCCGACAUCGAAGGAGGAUUUCCUAUUUUUUAAAACUUCACUUGCGUUCCUUCGUGUUUUUUGAAUUUUCGAAUGUUUAUACUCUUCCAAAGAGUGAGCCGACUGAGAUUGGAAAAAGGGGGAGAGAAAGGUGUUGAAAAUGCCGUUGCUCAACUUGUUGCGAUUGUGCAUGGUACCUCGAAUGCUUCAGAGAAGUACUUAUGGGAAGUAUAAUGCGACACGAGGCAGCUUCAGAUGUGAAUAAUUAUUUUCUUUUCGUUAUUCGAAUAGCAGAAAGAGCGUGCGUGACGCACACGACGAAAUUUUCCGAUGCGAGCAUUUAAUGUUUACAGAUUCUAAAUUUUGUCGGUCGAAUUAUAAAGCUCCGGGAAAUGAAACAAUUUAUAAU